AUGGUGCGGUUCUCUGAUUGCAAAAGUUUGAGGAUUGAUAUCCUUUAUGAUAAUAAGAGUGCUUUUUACCAUGACCAUAUUCGUUAUUAUGGUAGUUAUUCUUACCACGACCAUAUUCAUUAUUAUAGCCAUUUCUAUAACCAUGACCAUGUCUAUUACCACGUCCACGAGAUGAGGCAACAUAUGUUUCAGGGAUCGGUGUCGAUCCAGUUGGAUGGGACUGGUGGUUUCUUAAUAAAAACUCGUUAUUUUGCUCAGCCACAAAACCAAUUUGUUUCUUCUGAUGUUUCUUUCGAUGAUGAAUGGAUUACCGAAAAAGAGGAUCCGGUUCUUCCAACAAAAACUAAAUGGUUGAGGGUUCUUGAUGACAAAGUUCAAGAAGAUGAUACCAAUGAGGAAGAUGAAGUAAAAAGGAUGACUAAGACACGUAAGAACAACCUUGUCCAUAAGUCGCGUUUGGAUGACUUCAAAACAAUCAACCCAAAGAAUUAUACUUCUAGCAUCAAUGGAAGGAAAGCUCUAACUUUAGAGGAAAAGAAGAAGCUUGGGGGAGGCUACAACGCGCUCCUGCAGACCGCGCUGCCAGAGAAGCUCCGGGGUUACAACCCAGCUGAAGAAACUGCAGACUCAUCUCACCGUGCUUUCACGACAACGUUUCCACGAGGGUUUGCUCUAGAGGUUCUACAAGUUUACUCCGGUCCACGGGUGAUUGUGUACAAGUUUAGGCACUGGGGUUUCAUGGAGGGUCCUUUUAAAGGACACUCCCCUACUGGGGAGUUGGUAGAGUUUUAUGGGAUGGGUAUCUUUGAGUUGGAUGAAGAAUCGAAGAUCGUGAAGGUUGAGUUGUUUUUUGAUCGUGGAGAAUUGCUUGGUGGUCUAAUGAAGGGUGGUGCAAGCUCUGAUAGUGUUUCUGCAGAUGCGAUUUCUUCAAACUGCCCUUUCUUGAAAAAUACAGGGUAGCUGUAUGUAUGGGUGAACUUCCACAACUCCUAUGAUCCCAUGUAAAACCUCUCUCCCUUGAAGUUGGUGCUAGGAAUGAAC